CAACUACUAAUAGACAGAACUUUCGUCUAUCAGAUUUAGUUCUGAAGAUGUUAUUGGCUAGCGCAAUCCUGCUUCUAGCUGUGAUAACCUGCAGAGCCAAUGCUGGCUGCAGCAGGGCUGACUGGUGGUCAAGCCUGGACAGGCAGGGGCUGUCAAAAUGUAAUGACGGGAACGAUUUCAUCUCUGGCUUCUACAGAAACGACAGAAGUAGUUGGAACGACGACCCCUUGCAGUUGUUGGAAGAAGCGGAAUGCUGUAGCAGAAACUGGCCUUGGUCGAACUCUAAAACACAAACCGUGUAUGCUGAUUGGUGGCUGGCGUUUGAUAGAUCGAAUUCCUGGGCGUAUUGUCCUGCUGGGUAUUUCCUGAAUGGUAUUUACAGAAGUGAUAACAACAAAGGACUCUUGUAUAACAUUGAAGAAGGGAGAUGUGCUAAACCAGCCGACCACCCCCCAUACCACGGGCACUGUUAUGACCAUGACAUCGGUUUAUGCUUUGAUAACAAAGGCUUAUGUAGAUGUAACAACGACUACUACGUCGCUGGUAUAUAUCGCGGUGACUGUGAUAAACUCUAUUGUCUAGAAACACUGAGAUGCUGUAAGACAGUUUCAGCACCUGAAGAACUAGACGAGCUGUACAAGGUGAAGACCCGCACCAUGGACACUACGAUGUCGGACAUGGCUUUACUGGCUCAUUAUAUGGGCUUCGGCUGGUGCUCGGGUUGUAGAGCAGCGUAUGUUGGAGAAGAUUUUAGAAGAAGUGGAGACACUUGGAAUGCUGAUAAAAGUGGACGCUGUGAAGGAUACAUGAGUGACAAGCGUCUGAGCAUGGCCUAUGGUGACUGGAGCUUUGGGAUAAAGGACAUCAAAUAUGGAACACCUGUGAUACAAGACUUAACUCCCGAAACGAUUGACUCUGGUACUAUAUAUAACAAUGACCCGACUGAUGCCACAAAAACUAUCACGAGAUCUGAGACCAGUGUCCGUAGCGUCACACAUACCACAACAAGCUCUUGGAAAUACAGCCACGAGCUGAAUGUCCAAGUGAGCUACACACCGCCUUCUGAGACAGGGGGUGUCGGAGGGUCUAUCGGCUACAAGUUCAACUACGAGACCACCACCACAACAUCAGAUGAGACAAAGAAAGAGCAGUCAAAAACCUUUUCCGUUAGCACAUCUAAAACUCUCAAACCGAAUUCCGCUUCUAAGUGGAGUCUCGUCCUUUCUAAGACAAGAACCUCUGUGACCUACACAGCAACUGUUAUUGCAAAGUUUUCCUGUGAGCUUCAAGGUUUUCUACGUUGGGGUGGCGGCGCAAGCAGUAUCGAUACCAACUACCAUUACCAGUAUCGUGGUAGCGGAGAUCGUCCCACGUUUAACUACAAAUUUGGCGAUACCAGCACUCCCUUCUACACAGCCCUGAAACGACAAAGCGAUACCAACUCGCAGCCUUGGCUGUGGAACGACUUGAAAAACGCCUAUCCGUACGCUCAAAAUUUAAUCAACGAUUUGUGUAAUGAAAACAGAUACGUCUUUACACUGUAUGGCAGGUUUGAUGACGUCAUUGGCAAGCACGCCGAGUUCCACUGGGACUCUGUGCCGUUACGCAAGCGAUCAGCCGACCGGGGCGAGGACGUACCUGAUGUCAUACACCAGAACUCCACUCACGUCGCCAAGGCUCUGCCUAACGAUGUUCCGCUGGUGAAGCUUGAGCCUCCUAAGAUCAACAUCGAGGUGAAGAACCAGACCAAGAUAGAGAAGCCAGCGCCUUCUGGCUCUUAGUAAGCCACG